AUGCCGACGGUGCUGGUGGAGGCCAGCGGCCCCGGCGCGCCCAGGCGCCUGCAGCUGCGACACGUGGACCCGCGGAGCUCCGUGGGCGAGCUGAAGGCCCGCGUCGCCUGGCACUGGGAGGUGGCCCCGUGCUGCCAGUGGCUGCUCCGAGACGGCCGGGCCCUGCGAGACGAGGAGCUCGUCGGGGCCCACGAGGCGGACCCGCUGCUCCUGUCGCUGAGCACGACCUGGCCGCUCGCCUGGGCGGAGCUGGCGGCCGACCUGGCGGACGCCCGGGGCGCCGUGGUGCUCCCAGCCCUGCGGUCUGCGGCGGAGAUGAGGGCGAGCGCUGGCCUGCAGCGCGGCGACCUGCCACACGAGUUCAUCGCUGCCCUGGCCGGGUGCCUGCAGCACCCCGACGCGGCCGUGCGCGACGCCGCUGUGGGCACCAUGGCUGCGCUCGGGCUCCACGGCGACCAGCCGCUCCUGGCUCUGGUCGUCGAGCUCCUGGAGCACCAGGACAGGGACGUGCGGCUUGCGGCGGCGCGCGCUCUGGGACAGCUCGCCGCCGCGGGCGAUGAGUGGGUGGCGAACGCCGUCGCGGCCCGCCUGGGCGCCGAGGACGUGCUCACGCGGCUGGCCGCCGCGCAUGCGCUGGAGGCGGUCGCCGAGAGGGGCGGCGCGGGCUUCGCGGCGGCGCUGGAGGCCCGCCUGCGCGACCCCGACCGGGACCUCCGCCGCCACGCGGUGCGGGCCCUCGGCCGGCUGACGGCGCCGGGCACUCCGCGCGCCGCUGAGGCGGCGGCGCGGGCCCUGGAGGACCCCGACGAGAGCGUGCGGGAGGCCGCGCUGGAGGUGCUGGCCAGCGGCGGCCCGUGGGGCUCGGCGGAGGGCGUGGCCCGCCGGCUGGAGCACGCGCGCGAGGAGGUGCGGGCGGCGGCAGCAAGGGCGCUGGGCGCGGCGGCGGCGCGCGGGGACGCCUGCGCCGUCGAGGCGGCUUGCUCCCAGCUGGCACACGGCGACGUGGACGUCCGCGCCGCCGCGUGCGCGGCGCUGCGAGCGGCAGAGGGCAGAGGGGACAGGCGCGCGGUGAGCCGGGCGAUCGAGCUGUCCUCGCACCCCGCGCGCGACGUCCGACUCCUCGCAGUUCAGCUGUUCGGCGAGUUCGCGGGGGGCGGCGAUCUGGAGGGAGCGGAGGCAGCGUUGGUGGUCCUCACGGAAGACUCCGACCCCGACGUCCGGGGCGCAGCUGUGCAGUCCCUCGGCGUCGCCGCACACGCGGGGAGGGAGCCGGGUCGUGUCUGCAGUCGUCGCGCGGCUGCGGGACGACGUCCCUUCGGUCCGCCAGAGAGCCCUGUGCGCACUGGGCGCUGUUGCCGAGAGGGGCGACGAGCAUGCGGCGCUAGCUGUGGCCCGCUGCCUGGGCAGCGCCAGUGCUGGCGUGCGGCUGGUCGUGGUCCAGGCGCUGGUGAGCGUGGCUGCUGUCGGGGCGAAGCACCCAUAGCAGCGCUCAGUACGUGCUUGGACGACGAGGACGGCGAAGUUCGACAUGCUGCAGCGCAUGGCUUGAGCGUCGUGUCUACGAAGUUUGACGAGUACACCUGCGACGCCCUGGCUGCCCGUUUGCCCCAAGGUGCCGGCACCGCCGCCGCCUGUCACGCAGCGAGCUCGGCCCUGAACGCCCUCCACAUUGCGUGA